ACAUAAUUGCCAUUAUCUCCGUUGUUUCUUUUAUGUUCCCUCCCGUCUCCCCCAGUUUCUUUGACCUGUUUUUGCGUAAUUCCCGAGAGUGAAGUGCAGCCAUCGCCGUGAAAGUCGUUAGUCGUAUUCCAUUGAAAGUGUCGCAGCGCGGCCGUUGCCGUUGGAUCGGCGCACCUGUGCAAACUGCGCAACGGACACUUAUGAGGGCCGGAGAAUGUGCACCUCGUAGUCAGCGCUCGGCUCGAGAUCGAUCCAUGCUGUAGUGGAUGGCAGGAUGAGCGAGGAGGCGCAGAAUGAGGCGAGCACGAAGACCGCGUCGCUCGCGCUCGACGCCGACCUCGGCGCGGACUGCGGCACGCACUCCGACGCCUCCACCAAUGUCUCACAAACGCACCUCUCACAGAUGACAGCGAGCUCUGUACCCCCGGGCGAAAAUGGCAAGUGGAGCUGUGAGGUGUGCACCUAUGAGAACUUCCCUCUGUCUAGAAAGUGCACGAUGUGCCGCGCGCCGAAGCCGCUCCUGGGCGAGGACAUCUUCAAGCUGCAGGACGGCGCCAGCGCGCUGCCCGCCCCCGACCUCUGCGGCGAGGAGGCGGACGCCGAGGUCGACUGCGUGGCGGAGCGCCUGAAGCCGCUGCGCAUCUCCUCGCCGCCCGCGCAGGCCAGCGCCUCCGCGCUCAAUAAGUGGUCUUGUUCCACGUGCACGUACGAGAACUGGCCGAAGACGCUGAAGUGCGCGAUGUGCGGCUCGGGCAACCCGGCGGCCGCCGCGGGCGCCGCCGUCGCGCCGCGCUGCGCGUCGCCGGCGCCGCCGUCGCCCGGCGAGUCGCGGACGUCGCGCGCGCCCGUGGGCAUCAACGACAUCUGCGGCGGCCCGCAGGCGCCGCACGAGGCGGACGGGCGCCGCUGCAAGCGCCGCAACAACGCCGACUGGAUCUGGCUGCAGGCCUGCCUGGGCGUGGUGGAGGGCGACGCGCGCCGCGUGGAGGCCUACCUGGCGACGGGCGGCGACCCCGCGCGGGCGCUGACGCCGCACGAGGUGGCGCUGCUGAACCGCGCGUCGGCCUUCGACGCGGGCCACACGCUGGUGCACCUGGCCAUCCGGUUCCAGCGGCAGGACAUCCUGUCGGCGCUGCUGGCGCGCAUCUCGGGCGGCGGGCCGGGGCUCAAGCGCUCGCCGUCGUUCGUGGCGCCCGACCUGGCGCAGGCCAUCCGGCGGCACGUGGCGCAGCAGGUGCGCCGCAAGAAGGGCAGCUUCCCCGCCAAGUACCUCGCCGAGUUCUGCACCUUCUCGCUGCCGGCAGAGACCGAGGAGCUGCCGGCCGCCAUCCAGGAGCAGCUGUUCUCCGAGCUGCUGGACCGCGAGGCGCAGCGCGCGCUGGAGGCCGACCCGCCGCGCAUCAACUGGAGCGCCGAGCUGGCGGGGCUGGGCUCGCGCCUGCACGCGCUGUGGAACCGCAGCGCCGGCGACUGCCUGCCCGACGCGCUGUGCCAGGCGGCCUACGGCGUGUUCGACCGCGGCAACACGCUGCGCGCCGCGCUGGCCGACACGCUGGCGGCGGCGCAGCGCGGCCUGUUCGAGCGCUGGCAGGCCUGGGAGCGCCUGCAGGCGCAGCGGCUGGCCUACGCGCCCGACGACGCGCAGCUGCGCAGCGAGUGGGCGCGCCUGGCCGCGGCCGCCACGCGCCCCGGCACGCCGCUGCACCAGCUGCACGUGUUCGCGCUGGCGCACGUGCUGCGCCGGCCCGUCGUGGUGUACGGCGUGGACGUCGUCAACUCCUUCCGCGGCGAGGCGCUGGGCUACGCGCGCUUCCAGGGCGUGUACCUGCCGCUGCUGUGGGAGCCCGAGUUCUGCUCCAAGUCGCCGCUGUGCCUGGGCUACACGCGCGGCCACUUCUCGGCGCUGGUGCCCGUCGAGCCCUUCGCGCCGCGCCACGCCUACAUCUGCCGCGAGCGCCCGGCCGACGCGGAGGACAGCGCCUUCCUGCCGCUCACCGACUGCGACGGCGAGCUGCUGCCCGUGCACUUCCUCACCUGCGACGAGAUGGCGGACGCGGAGGGCGUGCUGCGGCGCUGGCUGUCGGCGUGCGUGACGGCCGGCGGCGUGCUGGCGGCGCGCCAGACGCUGCACGCGCGGCCGCUGCUGGUGGCGCAGAUGCUGGAGGAGUGGCUCAACCACUACCGCCGCCUCGCACAGCAGACGCGCGGCCCCUUCCCGCCGCGGCUGCAGCCCGCCGGCGCCGCGGACUUCUCCAGCGACGCCGACACCGACGAGGAGUAGCCGCCCUGCCGCCGUCGCCGCCCUCGCCGCCCUCGCCGCCCUCGAACGUGGCCGAUUUUAACUUCGAAAGCGAUGUGCAAUUCUGCCAGUUGUCCGCCGGCGCCCUUCCCCUCCUCCCGAUCUGUACCGUUCCGCGUCGUGUCGC